AUGAGUCUGCAAUAUACCCUGACUUUUCAGGGAGCAAUCUUACAGUAAAUGGACACCUUUGCCGUGGGUGUGACUGUGCCAAUGCACCUGGUGCUGCUGAGCCUGGUGAUUGGGAGCAGCCAGGGGUGCUACUGUGAACAUUACCCUUGGGGGCCGUGGUCUGCCUGCUCACAGACCUGCAAUUUUGGCACACAGACCAGGCACAGGCAAAUAAGAAUGGAUGAAUAUUAUAGCCAAAACUUCUGUGACCAGCUGUGCACAAAACAAGAAUCUCGUACAUGUAACCAGCAAACAUGUCCUAUCAACUGUCAGCUUGGAGACUUUGGCCCUUGGUCAGAAUGUGACCCAUGUGUUAAAAAGCAAUUCCGUACCCGGGCACUCCUGCGACCAUCCCAGUUUGGGGGCCAGACAUGUACCGAGACACUGGUGGACUCCCGCCCAUGUUUCCCAGCUAAGAUCUGCAACAUAGUGGAAGUUGACUGCAAGAAUAAAUUUCGGUGUGAAAGUGGUCGCUGUAUUUCAAAAACAUUGGAAUGUAAUGGAGAAAAUGACUGUGGGGACAACUCUGAUGAAAGAAACUGUGGAAAGAAAAAGACUGUGUGUAACCGAAAGUAUGAGAGUAUCCCAGGUGUGCAAUUAAUAGGCAGUGGAUUUCACAUUCUGGCAGGUGAGAGCCGAGGGGAAGUUCUUGGCAACUCAUUCAAUGGAGGACAAUGCACAACAGUGAAGCGCAAUGAGACAAGGAAAUUGUAUCGUGUCCCUGCAAAUCUGGAGGUUGUCAGCUUUCAGGUAACAGAUGAAGAGGAUGAUGUAACAUCAGAUUUCUACAAAGACUUAACUCCCCUGAGUGAUAGUGCUUCUUACAGUAGCUCAUCCACUCGAAGUGGUAAACAUUCUUCUGGUAUCCCAUUUUUAUUCUCAAAAAAGACACGGGUCCAGGUUACAUCAUCUUCCUCCUUCAAGAAAGCUAUUAAAGCCUCACAUGAAAAGAAUUCCAACUUCAUUAGAAUCCAUAAAGUAAUUUCUGUUGCAAACUUCACAAUGAAACAGUCAGAUCUGCAGCUAUCAGAUGUCUUUCUAAAAGCACUUAACCACCUGCCCCUGGAGUACAACUACGCUUUAUACAGCAGAAUAUUUGAUGACUUUGGCACUCACUACUACACCUCUGGGAAAUUGGGUGGUUCCUAUGAUAUUCUUUACCAGUACAGCUCUGAGGAACUGCAGAACUCAGGUCUGUCAGUUGAGGAAUCAACAGAGUGUGUCCGAACAGAAACAACCAGGCGUGUGUUCUUCAGGAAGAAAAAGAAAGUCAGUACGAGAUGCACCACAAACAGGAUGACUGUGACACAUGAAGGUUCCAUUUUGGAGUCAGCCGAACGAUCACUUUCCCUGGUAAAAGGUGGUAGGUCAGAGUAUGCAGCAGCUUUGGCCUGGGAAAAAAAGGGGGCUUUUCCAGGACACAGAGUCUUCACAGACUGGCUAGAAUCAACAAAGGACAAUCCUGUGGUGAUUGACUUUGAGGUGUCACCCAUCGUGGACCUGGUGAGGAACGUGCCAUGUGCUGUGACCAAGCGCCACCAUCUGAGGAGAGCCCUGAGGGAAUACGUGGGCAGGUUUGACCCCUGCCAAUGUGCCCCAUGCCCCAACAAUGCCAGGCCUGUUCUCUCUGGGACAGAGUGCCUCUGCCUGUGCCCAGCCGGCACCUACGGCACCGACUGUGAGACGCGGGCUCCAGGUUACACAUCAGUUGCUGUUGAUGGCCGAUGGGGCUGCUGGUCCGAAUGGAGCCCAUGCAAUUCUUCCUUCAAAAAAAGAAGGAUCCGGGAAUGCAAUAACCCCUCCCCAAUGAACGGCGGGAAGCCAUGUGAAGGGCAGUGGGAAGAAGAGGAGGACUGUUAUGUCUCUGUGUUCAAAGACAGAGGUGCUCCUUGUAUAAAUGAUGAUGAAGCCAGGAGAGAAGAAAAUGUCUUGAUUAGUGAACCUGAGUCUGGAUGUCCCAGGCCAGACCCACCAGAUUACGGCUUUAUCAGGAAUGAAAAGAACCAGUAUGCUGUGGGGGAGGAAGUUGAAAUUGCUUGUGUGAGUGGUCAUAGCCUCAUUGGCUAUCAAUACCUUCGGUGUCUGCCAGAUCAAACCUGGACACAGCAACAUAUUGAGUGCCAACCCUCAGUAUGCCUCAGGCCACCAGUAUCUGACAGUGUCACAAUUUCCCCAUUUAAGCAACAAUACAACAUUGGUGAAACAAUGAAGCUGAGCUGCCAAGCUGGGUUUAUAGUCACUGGUCACACAAAGUAUACCUGUGGGAAAGACCUCUCCUGGAUACCUCCUGUUUUGAGGUCCACUACAUGUGAAAGAGAUGUGCAAACUAAUAUUAGAGGAAUUUGCAAUCCAGGACAAAAGCAGGUUGGAUCUCAGUGUGUUUGUAUGUCUCCAGAAGAAGAUUGUGGCCACUACUCAGAAGACAUCUGUGUGCUACAUGCUGUUUCUGAACAGAAUGUGACCAAGUCCAGCUGCCAGUACUCAGCUGAAAUGUGCCUCGGAGUGCAGACAUUUCAUUUCUUGCAUGCUGGCCCUUGCCAUGGCAAUUCCAACCUAGACUGGGCUAUUGAGAGGGCAAAGCUCUCUACAAAUAGCUUGAAGAAAAUUCCCUGUGGCUAUGACACCUGCUAUGACUGGGAGGAUUGUCAAGAGACACAGACCCAGUGCUCCUGCCUGAUGCCUUACCAGUGCCCCAAAGAAGACAUCCGCCCUCACUGCAUCCAAAUGGAGGCAACAGGGAGGAGGAGGACAGUCAGUCAUUGCAUGCUGGCAGCCAUGAAGUGUGCUGGCAUCAAACUGCAGAUGCUGGAGCAGGGGAGCUGCCUGCCAUAA